UUCAUGUAAACAUUGAGUGACAGAGUUUUUUAUUCAGGCUGUCUUAACCUUUGUUAUUCAUUUAAUAACUCAUGCUACAUUUCUACAAAGAUGCGUUUGUCUUCAUUGAUGCAUUCGCUAGGAUGUUUUCGCAGUCCACGUGUUGACAAGUGCAUUCGGCUGUAACCAUAGAUUUGGUAGGAGGUCAACACUGUAGCUCAGGUCUGUGUCAAAAUAGGGAAAUAGUUCUAAAGGUGUGGAGUCAUGGGGGUAACACUGGAGCGAGUUCAGAACAAGUUUGCCUGUAUUAUUGGUGAGCUGUGUGGAGAACCUAAGAUCCUAUCACAGUUUGCCAUUUGGGUAGACCUUCGUUUGGCUGAGUACAAGUCUAAAGGCUCCAUAUCACUGGAAUGUUCUGGCUCUGUGCCGGAGCCAUCAUGGCUGGAAGGUCUGACACCAAGCCCCCAAACUCUGUCCCAGAAUCCUUCCUCAUCCUUCUCCCGACCUACGUCCACUUAUGCCGGAGCACCUGCCCCACAUUCUCACACGGGAAACUUAACCGACAAAUCUGCAGAUGUUGUCGUGAAAACUGAAUCAUCGGGAGACGAUAGUUUCGCCUACCUAAGACAGUGUGCGGGAUUUGACACUGGUGACCAACUCAGUACGGAAAGAGCAAGCAAUGCACGCAAAAGAACUUUUGCACAUGCCAGUGCUUCCUAUAACGUGGGGGCAGAAUCAGUGGCCGAUACCUGCAGAAUUAGGCAGCCUGGUCCUCCAGGCCAUAAUGAACACGUGAACUUAUCUUCACCUGUGAAACGUUUCAGGAGGUCUAGUUCGUCAUCUACUGUUGUGCCAGUGUCUCAGGUAGAUGUGGAUUGUCCCGAUGUAGCUAUUCUCCCGUCUCCACACGCAAACACGUCCAUGGGAGAGGGCAGUUUGCUAACCGCAAAUGGUGGGGAGAGACCAGGAAUCAUUUCCAUUUUGGCUGAGGAAGCUUUUACAGGAGAUCUCUACAAUUCCAGGGAAUCUAUCAGCUCUGCCGCUCAUGGUUUCAGGCAAUCUUAUGACAACCAAGACGUGGAAUGGGCUCGAAAAGAGGCAGGGGGAAGUUAUGAGAGGCUGGGAUCACAAUGGUUGUCUCCACUUCACACACCAAUGAUCAUGGAGAGAUCUAGAAGCAAUUGCCAGACAGCCAAGAACAUCCAGUCUGCGGCGACGACAUUCGAAAGAUGGCUGGCGGUGAAAGAGAAGAGCAACCGCCGGCCAAUGGAGCAUAUUCCACCAGCAGAGCUGGAUAAGUAUCUGACGGACUUUUUCUCAACUGUGAAGAAACGAUCGGGACAGGAUUACAACUCGGACACUUUGCUGUCGUUGCGAUCUUACAUCGAUAGGUACCUACGUGAAAAAGGGUACCCGUGUUCCAUUACCAAGUCGGACGUUUUCGCCAACAGCCAGGUGGCUUUUAAAGUCAGGCGCCAGGAACUCGCUGGUGGAGGGACACACUUACGGUCUCCAUCGUUCGGACAUUUAGCCAACGGGAUUCCACUGUCCCCAAAUACUUUAGGUGCGAACAAAAACGGUGGAAUGGGUUUACCUCUGCCUUCAACAGAUUCAUCCUCGGGUAGUAUUUCAAACGUUCCCAGAAACUCUCUUUCUCAUCUAAUUUCAUCACCAGAAGCUGAUUCUCUUUCAGAAGGCAACUCGAUUUCUCAGAUAAAUAACUCCUAUCGACAACCUGACUUACAGCACACUUCGGAAGACAAUGUGGAUCCUAGUUCCAAAUCAGAUACGGGAAAAUCUUUCAUGACGACGUCUCACACGGAACCAUCAAAAUCAGGAACGCCUGAUCAAGUCAACGUCAUGGAUAGCACUGGUGUAGUCCCAGCAACUCGCAGCGUGUGUUCCGAGAAACGUUCCUCAAGUUCACCUGGAGAGUCCCGCAGUCCGUCAUCGGAAAUAUCCAGUCCUAUAGACGUUGUUCAAGUCCUGCCUUAUAGGGCUCUUUCAGAUUCUAGUCGAAGUUCCCACAACACCGAAACUCCUUCCAGUCCGUUAAGCUUUUUCUCUGACUUGCCUAAAAUGCCACAAACACUAGCACAAACAACACCACAAACACUACCACGGGGGUUACAAGAGGAGCAGCAGUGA